ACCGGUACGGACGGCUGGUUGGUUGGUUGGUUGGUUCUGCUCUAGUACAGCUACGGUCCACACGUCGCGAUCGGCGAUCAGUCGAUUCGGCGCAAUGGAGAAGCUCGGUUCGAUGAUGGAGUACCGGUUGAAGACGCUGACAAGCUGGAUGGUGCACACCGGCAACGGCACACUCGAGGCGCUGCUGAACGACGCCUGCGACACGCUCGUCCUCUGGCCGUGGACGACCGGCCUGUGGUACGGAACGCUAGGCCUGGUCCUAACUUACGGGUUCUACCUGUUCUACUAUCAAGCGGUGGUGUGGAAGCGGGACCUCACCGAUAUCGGCUACAAUCACAUCCUGGAUGCGGCCGGCAUCGGCAAAAGCGACCGCAAGCGGGUGGACACGGUCAACCGGGCACGGCGAUUGCGCAAGAUCGGAGACCGUUUGCCGCCUCCGUAUCCCAACGGUUGGUUUUCGGUGCUCGAGUCGGAAGAUCUUGCCCGCGGGCAAGCGAAAAGCGUCGACUGUCUCGGUCAGAAUUUGGUCGUCUUUCGGACGGAUGCGGGCGAGGUAAGCAUACUGGAUGCGUACUGUCCGCAUCUGGGCGCCAAUCUCGGUGUCGGUGGGAUUGUGCGCGGCGACUGCAUCGAGUGUCCGUUCCAUCACUGGUCAUUUAGCGGGCGGGAUGGCCAGUGUACCAACAUCCCGUACAGCAAGUCCGGCACGGUACCGAAGGUGGCCCGGCUGCGCAAAUGGCGCUCGCUCGAGGUGAACGGGUUCAUCUUCGUGUGGCAUCACGUCGACCCGGAGGUGGAGCCGUGGGAGUUUAACGUGGUGCAGGAGAUUGAGGACGGGCGUUGGGUGUAUUACGGUAAGAACGAGUUUCUGGUCAACUGUCACAUCCAGGACGUGCCGGAGAAUGGGGCGGACGUUGCACAUCUCGCUGCGGUGCACGGUCCGAAUAUGAUGUCCGGGAGCGAUAUCCGAUACUCACGACCUGCCUGGGCCGAUUUCGGGAUGCACUCGUGGCUGGCAAGCUGGCAAGCGCCGGAAGAGGGCGAUCCCACACACGUUGCCAAGAUGGAUCUGGUGCACUCGUUCCGGAUAUUCAACAAGUUUGAGGUAGGUAAAAUCGACGUCCGUGCGUACCAGAUUGGGCCGGGGUAUGUGCAACUGAUGAUGAUGACGGGCAUGGGACCGUUUGUCGUGCUGCAGACCGUAACACCAUUAGAACCGCUCGUACAGAAGGUGAUCCAUCGUUUCUAUGCACCACGCAACGUGUGGAACGCAAUCUUCCAGAAGUUUGCCAUCCUGGCGGAGAGUAUCAUGUUCGAGCGCGACAUGAUGGUUUGGAAUCACAAGCAGUUUAUCGACAAUCCGCUUCUGAUCAAGGAGGAUCGUCUGAUCAAGGCUUACCGGAAGUGGUACAGCCAGUUUUACUCCGAAAACAGUGUCAGCUUCACGAUGGCCAAGGAAAAGCUGGACUGGUGAAGCGCCACAGCCACU